UGAUUGGCCAAGCCGCACGUCCAUCAAACGCGAAUGUCGCUAGGCAGCCGUAGUGAGGGGAACAGGUUAAAAAGAGCAGGAGGCUUGUUCAAUCAAAUACUGUGGGUUGCAGAUUGUAACCGGACAUAACACGCAAGCUGGAAGGGCUCAGUGCAGCGUGGGUGCCCAGGGAUCCACUGCCUGAGUGUGGGGAGAGCGGCAGCAGUCGAGACCCCAGAGACAUGAACCACACCAAGGGCGGUCUGGUCAUCUUCACCGCCAACUCGCACCACUCCAGCCGCGAGUUGGGAAAGAGGAUCGCAGAGCGGUUAGGGGUGGAGCUUGGUAAAGUGCUGGUGUAUCAGGAAGCUAACAGAGAAACGCGGGUGCAGAUCCAAGAGUCCGUGCGAGGCAAAGAUGUCUUCAUCAUCCAGACCGUGUCCAAGGAUGUAAACACCACCAUCAUGGAGAUGCUGAUCAUGGUGUACGCGUGCAGGACGUCCUGCGCCAAAAGCAUCACGGGAGUCCUCCCCUACUUUCCCUACAGCAAGCAGUGCAAGAUGAGGAAGAGGGGCUCCAUCGUCUCCAAGCUCAUCGCCUCCAUGAUGUGUAAAGCCGGUCUCACCCACCUGAUCACCAUGGACCUCCAUCAGAAAGAGAUUCAAGGCUUCUUCAACAUCCCCGUGGACAAUCUGAGAGCUUCUCCGUUCCUGCUGCAGUACAUUCAGGAAGAGAUCCCUGACUACAGAAACGCUGUGAUUGUUGCCAAAUCCCCGGCCUCUGCUAAAAGAGCUCAGUCUUUUGCAGAGCGGCUACGUCUGGGCAUAGCCGUCAUCCACGGUGAAGCUCAGGACGCCGAGUCGGACCAGGUGGACGGACGACACUCGCCACCCACCGUCAAGACCACAGGAGCCAUUCACCCCAGCAUGGAGAUACCACUGUUGAUUCCUAAAGAGAAGCCGCCCAUCACUGUAGUCGGAGAUGUGGGAGGACGCAUCGCCAUCAUAGUGGACGACAUCAUCGAUGACGUCGACAGUUUCGUUGCAGCAGCGGAGACGCUGAAGGAACGAGGAGCCUACAAGAUUUUCGUCAUGGCGACGCACGGCAUCCUCUCCUCCGACGCCCCGAGGUUCAUAGAGGAGUCGGCUAUCGACGAGGUGGUGGUGACCAACACGAUUCCCCACGAGCUCCAGAAGCUCCAGUGUCCAAAGAUUAAAACGGUCGACAUCAGCAUGAUCCUGUCGGAGGCCAUCCGCCGCAUCCACAACGGGGAGUCCAUGUCCUACCUGUUCCGCAACAUAGGAGUGGACGACUGAACGAAACGUCUCCCUCCCUCUGUCUCUCUAUCUUACACUCACUCACCCACACUGACGUGAAUUAUACCGUUUGCCUUCUCAGACCUCUCCAGAAACAUGAAUGACAACCACCGAGUACAAGCUGACUCACAGAUAUCGUACUUGUAUCAUAACCUUUUUUUUUUUUCUUUGGGCGCAGCUUAACAUUACUGAACAUAACUGAACAUACUUCACGUAGUCGUCUGAACGCACUCUUAAAGGACAACUGCCUCUCUCUGUGUCCCUCUAACGGACGCUGUCUCGUUAAAACACAUCAGUACAUUUUGUGUUUUGUUUUUUGUUUUUCUUAGUUACAACUGUGUCUAGUUUGUUUCAUGUUUGUGUACACAACUGUUACCACUGAAUGUGUUUGUGAUAUUAUAAGUAGAGGAGAUUGUUCUGAUAGUGUCGGUGCCUUCUACGGGACGCACAACAAACACACAGGCCUUCACUGCUCGGUCACUUUUUGUUUUGUUUUCGGCUUUCUGACUAAUUCAUGACGGCUUUGUUGAUAAUGCGGGUUCCCAUCUAAUUAAUUGUUUUGAGUACAAGAGUGCAUGUUUAAUCCGAAUCUGUUCUAUGUUUAUUUAUGUGCUGUCUGAACUAAUGCAGUUAGUGUAGUCCUCUACCAUUUAGCCAUAUGUCUGUGUCGUUGCCAUUGAAGCUAAUCUGGUGUCAAAUCUACUAACUGCUAAACCUGAACUGGAACCUUAAAGGGGGAAUAGUUUUCUAUCUGGUCAAUUGGAAAGUUUAAUUUCAGUGCACACUGGCGAGUUCAUUCAUAACAUGACGUGCCAUAGUUUUAAUGUUUCCUCAUGUUUAAUAUUGAUUAAUGCCACAGAUACAAUUCCAUAUUUAAAGUUGUAAAAAAAAAAAAAGUUGUUUGGUAUUUGAAGGUUGUUCUUAAUAAUUUGGAAAUCGGUAAACGAGUCAUUGAUCCUUGGAUCCCGGUUAAAGGACCCAACGAAUUCUGCUUCUCCACAUUAUACAUUAUAUAAAUCUCAGUCCCAAACUGCGGCUAAAACAGGAAAAGUGAAUUUGAACUUUUCUGAUGUGCAAAACUUGACUGAAGCAGGUCUUUGUCACUUUGCCAGAUAGUCCAAAAGAAGUUUUGUAUUUAUUUUCAACACUUAAAAUGAAUAAAUAUGACCUAUGGAAGGAAAGAACUGGGA